AUGUCUGUUUGUUUUUUUAAAACCUUUAACAACUCGGCGCUAAAAUUACGUUUUCUUGUUGCAGAUGAAGGUGAUGGUGACGGCAUCGGACAUGACAGUGAUGGUGACGGCAACGAAGGUGGCAGCGGACAUGACGGUGAUGGUGACGGCAACGAAGGUGGCAGCGGACAUGAUGGCGAUGGCAACGGAGGUGAUAAUGGUGGGUCGGACGGCGGCAACAAUUGGUUUAAUGUUGAAUUCUAAACAAAAUUAACUUUAUAAAUGCAUGUGUUUAUAUAAAUAAAAUAAAUUCGUUUUUUACCUCGGAA